UUAAACAUCUUUCAAAGUGCCUCAACUGCGUCACGUACACAGGAUUAUAUAAAAGCUCCGUAGUUUAUUGCUAAUUUCAGACAUCUGUUACAGCAUAUGCGUUAUUACGAAAAACACUAUAGAGUAUUGCAGAAUUAUACCAUCAACAUCAGGAUUAACAUGAUGCCAACAAUGAAAUAUUGUCUCUGCAUCUGGUUUCUAGCUGUCGGUGUGGCACUAUCAGAAUAUUGCAGCAAAAUGGCCAAGAAGAAAUGCAAAGAAGCAAAUGAAGCUAUACCAGACCCUAAAACUGAUGAUCAGUACUGCCUGCGUUACGUUUAUUGGGAGAAUUGCUUAAUGGCUCAUAGUCAAGAUUGUUCUCAAUACUUCAACCUCAAAUUUGCUGUGCUGUGCGAUCCGCAAAACAUCGGAGUUUACGACGACCACAGCAUAAGACGUCACUAAGGCAACAAGCUGCCAGAGUCAUUAACACGACAGGAAAACUGCCCAGGAGCAAUUCGUCCAUCGCUACAUUUUGAGCUUGAAUUUCCGACGCGGUUUGAUUUGCUUUUCAUCCUUCCGAGGUCGUUAAAACAUGAACAGCACUGGGGAUCAAUGUAAUCGAUUGACCCUCAUCCUCACCACUAUCACAAUAAUUGAGAUGUUGUGCCUAUAGUAGAGAGGAGUAUUAAAAUUUGUUUAUGAACCUCAAUUAUUUUGCAAUAAAAUGAAUCUUAUUGAUUAAACAGUAAUAUAAAUUUCGUAAUUAGAAACUUAUUUUCAUUUCAACUCAAUACCGAAAUUCUUGUACAAAUAUAUUUUCGUUUUCCAGGCUGGUUCCUAAAACAUAUUCAACUGUGCGGCCCUGACGAAAAUAUUCUUUUUCAAAUAAAGAAAGUAUGCUCCUUAA